CGCCGUUAAUGAGCCACCGCGACCGCGGUCGGUCGCACUGUGAGCAACGCUACGUCAGAGGGAGCGGUGGGACGUCUCCAGACUAUAGCCUGCUGCUACCACUAGCGGCGGUGGUUCUUACUAUCUAGUGACAAAGUAUAAUCGAAUGGAUAAAAAUAAACGAGUGGGUCGCCAAUAAAUGCAAAGUGUACCCUGAUCGGCGACGGCAUCAUCAACCUCCACCCGUGCCUAGACGAUGGAGGCACCCCACGAGCACUGCGCGUCCUGCGUGAACCUGCGGUGCACGACGAAACCCGUAGCGGGCGCUUCCUGUGACCUCACGGCCUGUCCGCUGGCCUGCGGUGCUACGUUCCACUCCUGUAAGAGCGCCGAGCAUCGCCUCCUCUGCCCGCUGGAGAGGGUUCCCUGCCUGAACAGCGGCUUCGGCUGCCCCAUCACCCUGGUGCGCCAGAAGAUGGCCUCCCACCUGGAGGUCUGUCCAGCGGGCCUGGUGUGCUGCACCAUGGAGUGGAACAGGUGGCCGGUCAGUAGUCUGGACUACACCUCUCAGCUGAGCCGCUGCAGCAGCAGUGGGGGUGGCGUGGAGGAGCCGGAGCAGCUGGACAUGGCGCUCGCCCUGCAGGACCAGCGCAUGCUGCUCGAGUCCCUGAAGGUGGUUGCCAUGGCGCCCACGAGGUGGGAGCCGGCUGUUGCCAGGACUAAAGUGCGCGGGGCUGUGCGUAUGGAUCUGCCAGAAUCAGCCCCUGAGGCGUCGGCCUCGUCCUCCUGCGAAAGUGUGCAUCGGCCCUCGCCGGGCUUGGCUCCGCCUCUUCCGCCCGGCUCAGCCAAGGAGAGGAUAGCCAAUGGGAUCGACGGUUUAACUGAUGAGCACUAUGGUCGGCUCUACGAGGCCACGCUGGAGACCGCCAGGAGCCUGGCGGCCGCUCUAGAUGUGUUCCGCGCCGCCAACGCCCUCGAGUGCGGAGGAGGGGCGGGGGGCCAGAGAGGGGAGAGCGACGCCAGGGGAGGAAAGCUAACCAACGGGCUCGACGUGGCCGAAGAGGCCAGCGCCGUCGACGGCGAGCAAGAGCGCUGCCGUUGUCACGGCUGUCUGACCACCAGCGCUUGUCAUCUUGGAACGCAGUUGCCAGGUGAGCCGUCGCCGGGGACGACAGGCUCCACAGCACGCCGCGGCCAGGACCAGGAAGACCCAAACACGGUCCCCCCUCCCCCACAGGGGAAUCCUAAGGAGCCGUGCGUAGCGCCGUACGACCGGCCCCACGUGGUCCCGGGCAUUGCACAGAGGGCUGGUCACGUGAUCCUGGAGGACAGGGGGCUGGCUGUCUUGGACGCCAGGGGAACUGAACACCGCCCCAACAAACCCCCGGGGUUUCGACAUGUCGUAGGGCCGCUUGCAUCGGCCGCCGGCCGGAGGGGCCCCCUCCCUGACCGAUCCCAUCCCACCUCGCCCCCCUCGUUGGAGGACCGUUCGGUGGACACGUCAGACCUCGAGCAGGGGGCGGUCGAAUCGACGGGCCUGGGGGAGAUGGACCCAGUGGCGGCCGCCCUCCUCUUCUGCCUGGAGGAGUCCAGGGAGUGCCGGCGGAUAUCGGACAAGGUGCGCGUGGACGGACGCCGCGUGGACGUCGGCACGCAGACCUUCACCUUCCCGGCGGCCAUUUUGGUCACCAACACCAGAGUGGGCGAAAUGGCCUCGGCCUCCGCGUGCGACCAUGCCGCGCACCAGCUGUCGUGCCCCAGCCCCCUGCGCACACUCCGCCUGGGCCUGGCCCUGGAGAGCCUGGAGGUGGAGGUCCCCCACGGGCGCUUCCUCACGUUCCAGCCCCCCUACCAGCACACCUUCUCCUUCCUGUGCGGCCAGGCCUUCCGCAGGGACCAGUUCUCCUGGCACUCGGCAAACGUCCACGCAGACAUCCACGCCGGCCUCAGCGGCUGGAUGGAGCACCGCUGCCCCCUGGCGUACUACGGGUGCACCUUCUCCCAGCGCAGGCUGGGCCCCGCCGGCCAGGAGGGCCGGGGGGCAGCCAGGGUGGUCCACGACGGGAGGCUGCAGUCCUUCGGCGUGCGGCCAUGCACUCCCCUUCUCCACGAUGGCCCGCGGUCGGACCAGCUCACAGGACUUCCCAUGGAGAUCCUGUGGCACAUCGCCGGAUUCCUGGACAGCUUCAGUCUGUGCCAGCUGUCUGUGGUGUCCCGUGGCAUGAGGGACGUGUGUUCCAGUCUGCUCCAGACCAGGGGCGUGGUGGACCUGCAGUGGGAGAGGAGGCUGGGCCCCCAAGGCACCGUCUGCUGGCACGUUAAAAACAAAGUGUGGAGAUUCAGCACGGCCUUCAGCGCCGUCACCAAGUGGCGCUUCAGCGACCUGCCCAGCAUGUCGGACCACCUCAGGGAAUGCCGCUUCAACACGCCGGAGCCCCAGACCGAGCCCGUGCCUCUACCGGCCAUGUGCACGGCGCGCGACCGGCAAUCCCUCCGGCGCCUGCUUCGCCCCGUGACCCAAUGCCACCACGUCACGUGUCCGUCGCCACACGCUUUAUGAACACAACGUGGCUUUAAUACUUCACCGUCUAGUUUUUUUUUUUUUUUUUUGCACAACAUGAAUCACAGAAUGUGUCUUAUUCAGGAGCUGCAGGAGACGACUGCCUUAAUAAAUUGAAGUAAACGGUGAUCGUAACCUGAUCACACACUGGCAAACGGGAAACAUGCAUUAGGGAACGUUCGGCCAGAUCACCCAUGACGACUGGAUCAUAGUUACCCAGAUGAAUCUCGGGUGUGUUUUCUACAACUACCUGGUAGCUAGGCUGAGAUGAGAACACUGAAGCUAUGCUCGCACUUUAAAAACCUCCCGUCACUCCCUCCCUCUUCCAAAAAAAUCAAAUGGUUAUGUUAAUGUGCUUCACCUGGAAACACACCAGCAAAACGGAUGCCGGAUUUAAUUCAAUGUUUUAUUAAAGGUACAUUUCUGAGUUA